CGCAAAAAAAAAAAAAAAAAAAGCCUUCUGACAUUUUCGAGGGAAAUUUCCUCCUCCUUAGCUUUGCCGUGAUGGGACUCAAGUUCUGGGCCGUGCUCCUGGUCCUGUCCCUGGCCGUGGCGGCCGAGUCGUCGCCCCACUCCUUCGGAUUCAUCGGCGCCGGCGACCUGACCGUGUCGGUGGGGGACUCCAUGGACGCGUUCGAAGAGAUGAUGAUGGACUCCGAGGCCAACCGGCGGCAGCUCGCGGGGAACCGCCGGUACAUCAGCUACGGCGCCCUCAAGAAGAACACCGUCCCGUGCAACCGGCGCGGCCAGUCCUACUACAACUGCAACAAGAUGAAGCGGGCCAACCCGUACAAGCGCGGGUGCAGCGCCAUCACGCAUUGUAAGAGAAUUACGGACUAGAAAGGACCGAGAGGGGGAUUAAAGUCACACGAAAAAGAGAGAAAUGUGAAGGGUUUGAUUGUUCACUUUGCUUAAUGCCAUUUAAUUUCCUCCAUAACAUUUGUUU